UAUUGAUAGUUAGUCCCCUGGGUUUUAGUUACGUUUUAUUCCAGUUGAGUUAUUGUAACAUGAUCCCUGGUACAGCUCCAAUAGCUGAAGGGGUCAUGGGUCAUGGGGAGCCACGUCCUGCACAGAUUCUAGUUCCCGCCCAGGCUAGCGUGAGCACCUUCUUGUACAGAAAAAAUAAAGGAACACUUAAUCAGAGUAAGUGUACGCGUGCCGUUUCUCUGAGUCAAUAAUUAGAAAGUUAUUGAGUUUAUCACAUUUGGCGACGAGGAGUAAAAAAAAAAAAAAAAAAAUUAAAAAAAAAAAAAAAAAAAAAAACAUCUAGAAGCAGGCUACACUUCGGACGGCAAUGGCGACUUUUGGAAGCAUUGGAGAGUUUGAUGAGAGCACUGACUGGACGGAGUAUGUGGAACGGCUUGGACACUACUUCGCAGCAAAUGAUAUUACUGAUGGAGGUAAACAACGCUCCAUAUUUCUAAGUGUUUGCGGUUCGAAAACAUACAGUCUCAUCAGGAAUUUGGUAUCGCCAUUGAAACCUACUGAUAAGAGUUUUGCUGAACUGUGCUUAAUUGUUAAACAGCAUAAAAACCCUAAACCGUCAGAGAUUGUGCAGACUUUUAAAUUUCACAAUAGGUUUCGGCAGCCAGGGGAAUCUGUGGCAACUUAUGUAGCCGAAUUGAGACGGUUGUCUGAACAUUGUGUUUUCGGGGAGAUGCUGGAUAGGAUGCUGCGUGACAGGUUGGUAUGCGGCUUGCAAGAUGACCGCAUUCAGCGCCGUUUGUUAUCGGAAACCGCGUUGGAUUUUAAGAAGGCUGUGGAGAUUGCUCAAGCCAUGGAGGCUGCUGCGCAACAAGCUCACGAUCUUAAACCGACCGCCUCAACACCACCUGUGAUUCACAAGGCGAUUGCAGUUGGUUCUCCUGCGAUAGACUGCAGACAGGGUGAAGGGAAAAAUAUGUGUUACCGCUGUGGACAGCCACAUGCUGCAAGAGACUGUAGAUUCAAGGACGCUGUUUGCCAUAACUGCAAUAAGAAGGGUCACAUUGCAAAAGUGUGUCGCAGUAAAAAUCAGCCACGCCAACACAGAGGGGGCUGGCAACCCAAGAUGCCUAAAGCUACGCAUAGCUUAGAAGGGGAGGUAGAUGAAGACGAACCUGAAGUUGUUUACAGUAUGCACCAAGCAAAAACAGAGAAAGUAGAGCCUAUUUAUGUGACUGUGAAGGCGCAAGGGGAAGAAUUGCAAAUGGAAGUUGAUACAGGGGCGUCAUUCACAGUUAUCAGUGAGAGCACGUACAGAGGCACGUGGCAUGGCAAACAGUUACCCCCACUCAGUAAGUCUGCCAUCAAGCUGCGCACGUAUACAGGAGAAGAAAUUAAAGUCAUAGGCAUCAUUGCAGUGGAAGUACAGUAUAACCAGCAAUCAUGCACGCUACCAAUACUGAUAGUGUUUGGUAAUGGACCUAGUUUGCUAGGACGGAACUGGCUGAAGAAGCUCAAGCUGGAUUGGUCUAACUUGUAUCAUAUGGGAACUACUAGUGUGCAAGACAUUUUAAACAGAUAUGCAGUUGUGUUUCGGGAUGAACUGGGAACUUUGAGAGGAACUAAGGCUGUCAUUGAAGUGGACGGAAACGUUAAGCCCAGAUUCUUCAAAGCCCGUACAGUACCGUAUGCAUUAAAAGAAAAAGUCAGUGCUGAACUGCAGAGAUUGCAAAAGGCAGGCAUCAUUGAACCUGUUCAGUUUUCGAAGUGGGCUGCUCCUAUUGUGCCAAUUAUGAAGCCAGAUGGGUCAAUACGUAUUUGUGGCGAUUAUAAACUGACAGUGAACCAGGCCUCCAGACUGGAUGCUUAUCCAAUUCCGCGAGUGGAAGAUUUAUUCUCCAACAUUACAGGGGGGCAAGCCUUUACAAAGCUGGACCUGAGCCAUGCCUACCAGCAGCUGCUCCUGGAGGACAGUUCUAAGGAAGUUUUGACCAUCAACACGCACAAGGGGUUGUUCCGCUACACCAGGUUGCCUUUUGGGGUGUCAUCAGCUCCAGGUAUUUUCCAACGCACCCUGGAAAGCCUGCUAGCAGGUUUGCCCCACGUUCUCGUGUAUCUGGAUGACAUCCUCAUAACAGGUCCUGACCCGUCAAAACACAUGCAAGUUUUGGAAGAAGUUUUGAAGCGGCUUGCUGAUGCAGGAUUGAGACUAAAAAAACAAAAGUGCAUUUUCCUAGCGCCAGAGGUGCAGUAUUUAGGUCACAAGAUUGACGCAGAGGGCAUACACCCAGCAGAGGAGAAGGUCCGGGCAAUAGCGGAAGCUCCGACGCCCAAGAAUACCACAGAGUUGAAGUCAUUUUUAGGGAUGGUAAACUAUUACCAUCGUUUUCUGCCAAAUUUAUCAACGCUGUUGGCACCAUUGCAUCAUCUACUACAGAAGAAGGUGCCAUGGUGUUGGAAACCACAGCAGGAGAAAGCUUUCCAGUCAGCAAAGAAGCUUUUGCUAACAUCACAAUUGUUAGUACAUUUCGACUCCAAGAAACCAUUGCUCCUGGCAUGCGAUGCAUCACCCUAUGGAGUGGGAGCAGUGUUAUCGCACACCCUGCCUGAUGGAAGUGAAAGACCAAUAAGUUUUGCAUCCCGCACUUUGGCUCCAGCUGAAAAAAACUAUUCUCAGCUGGAUAAAGAAGCCCUCGCCAUUGUGUUUGGGGUAAAAAAGUUCCAUCAGUACCUGUAUGGACACCAUUUCACUAUUUGCUCGGACCACAAGCCCUUGAUGAGCCUUUUCAGCGAGAGCAAGUUGAUUCCACCGAUGGCUUCAGGGAGAAUUCAACGGUGGGCGUUAUUGCUUGCUGGUUAUGAGUAUGAGAUAUGCUACAAGAGUGGAGAGACACACAGUAAUGCUGAUGGACUGAGUCGUUUGCCACUGAAGGAUACACCCUCACAUGUGCAAACACCAGGGGAUGUGGUUUUGUUACUGGAAAACCUCUCCACUUUCCCUGUCAACCUAGGGCAAAUACAGUCAGGAACCAGAAGAGACCCUAUAUUGUCGCGAGUCCUGACAUACGUGAGAAGUGGAUGGCCAGCAGAAGCCGAGAUGGAAGAUCUGAGGCCGUAUUUUAGAAGGAAGGAGGAGUUAAGUAUCCAAGACAAUUGUUUACUUUGGGGAAACAGAGUCAUUGUACCUCCGCAAAGCCAGGAGAAAGUUAUUGCUGAACUUCAUGAAGCACACCCGGGCAUAUCUCGCAUGAAGAGCCUAGCAAGAAGUAUGGUGUGGUGGCCUUGCAUGGACCAAGCCUUGGAGAAAAAGGUUAGAGAAUGUACCAUUUGCCAGAGCACACGCCAUGCACCGCCACCGGCACCGCUACACCCGUGGGAGUGGCCUGACAGACCGUGGGCCCGCCUGCAUGUGGAUUAUGCAGGUCCAUUUAUGGGGAAGAUGUUCUUGAUCCUUAUUGAUGCCCACUCCAAGUGGAUAGAUGUUCAUGUUAUGUCUUCUGCUACUUCUCAAGCUACCAUAAGUCAACUGCGGGUUACAUUUGCAACGCAUGGGCUGCCCGAGAUGCUAGUGACAGAUAAUGGAACAGCAUUUACUAGCGAAGAGUUCCAGCAGUUUUGUAAGAAAAAUAGCAUUAAGCAUGUCAGAACAUCACCUUACCACCCUGCAUCCAAUGGGCUAGCCGAAAGAGCCGUGCAGACGGUAAAGGAGGGGUUAAAGAAAAUGAGGACUGGCACAAUUGAAACCAAGUUGGCCAGGUUUUUGUUCCAUUACAGAAUCACACCUCAAACCACAACUGGGUCAUCGCCGGCAGAAUUACUGAUGGGACGUAGACCACGAUCGUGUUUUGAUGUGCUGAGACCAGCAGUGGGAGGGAGAGUGAGAGCUGCGCAAGCUAAGCAGAAGUUUCAACAUGAUCAACACGCCAAAGUUCGCUUAUUGAAUGUAGGAGAUACUGUUUAUGUUCGAAUGUUUGGAGUGGAGGAUAAGUGGACACAAGGAACCAUACUGGAGAAAGUGGGUCCAGUGUCAUUCCAAGUGGAACUGACGGAUGGGAGAGUGAUUCGCCGUCAUCAAGACCACCUAAGGAAAUAUCAGGCAGCGACCGUUCCACAAUCUGAAAGACCAGAGGAUGUCCAAGUUCCUUUGGGAGAUGACUACAGCCCUAACCCAGUGCAGUUAGAGUUUUCAACAGAGGGGGUUCCAGUAGACCCAGAGCCAGCAGUAGAUCCAGGGCCAGAACCAACAUUAGCCCCGGCACCAGAGUUGCGCCGUUCACAAAGAGUGCGUAGAGCUCCACAGAAACUGGACUGUUAGUUUAGUUGUUCCUAGCUACGUAAGUGUUGAAAGUGAAUGUAAGAUAAAAACAAGACCAGUUUUAAUCUGAGGUGGAGGGAUGUGGAAUAUUGAUAGUUAGUCCCCUGGGUUUUAGUUACGUUUUAUUCCAGUUGAGUUAUUGUAACAUGAUCCCUGGUACAGCUCCAAUAGCUGAAGGGGUCAUGGGUCAUGGGGAGCCACGUCCUGCACAGAUUCUAGUUCCCGCCCAGGCUAGCGUGAGCACCUUCUUGUACAGAAAAAAUAA